AUGCCUCGUCAGGAAGUGUUGAGUCAGUGCAGUAGCAACACCUGUCCGCGCAAGUCCUCAAUACAUCAUCCGUUUGACUUCCCUUGUGAUCACCACCCGUACGCACCGGCUGCCGUCUUUGGGUUUCCUGCACCUAGAUGGAUUCUUCCGAAGCAGAAUUGUUUGAAUCCGGAACACAUUCCCUACUGUACUUGGACUUCUCUGCUUCCCACGAAUUUUGUGGGGAAUGAAGCUGUUGCUAUGUGUCCAUCAAUUCAGCUAUCUGUGGAUCCGGAUGUUGAUGCUGGUGAUCGUCGUGAACAGCAUACCAGUCUGCCACCAUCGACGCCCAAAUCGGAGGCCAAUGAUCCCCCUUCUUGCAGUGUGCUGACGAAGAGUACUGGCGGACACACUGAACCUAAGCCAGAUCGAGCCAAGCGGCACCCUUGUGACCAUUGCUCAAAAGGUUUCAAUCGAGCCAGCGAUCUUGUGAAGCACCGCCGUACUCAUACGGGCGAAAAACCUUUUGUUUGUCAUCACUGCGGACGAGCAUUUUCCGACUCAAGUAGUCUUUCUGCGCACCGGCGCAUUCACACUGGAGAACGACCGUAUACUUGCUCGGAUUGCGGCAAGAGCUUCUCUGUCUCGAGUAGUCUGGUCAAGCACAAACGAAUUCAUACUGGUGAAAAGCCAUAUCAGUGUGAUUUGUGCGGUCGCCUAUUUUCCGAUAACAGUAGCUUUGGGGCUCAUAAGAAACGAAGUCAACGUUGUGUCCCCGAAAUCACCUCGGCAUCCUCAACGCCAACUUACCCGUUAAAUACCUCGCCUACCGGAAGUGUUACGUUUCCCUCCCUGAACAAACAAUGCCAAACCACUUCCACAUGUAUAGUGUCCACUGCUUCCUCGACG